AUGAGUGUACAAAUUUUUGGUGAUCAAGUCACAGAAGAAAGAGCUGAAAACGCUCGUAUGUCAGCGUUUGUCGGUGCCAUUGCCGUAGGUGAUUUGGUGAAGACAACAUUAGGCCCAAAGGGUAUGGAUAAAUUAUUACAAAGUGCUUCUAGUGAUAGAUCCUUGGUAACUAACGAUGGUGCCACUAUUUUGAAGUCUAUUCCUUUGGAUAACCCAGCAGCAAAGGUUUUAGUGAAUAUUAGUAAAGUUCAAGACGAUGAAGUUGGUGAUGGUACCACCAGUGUCACUGUAUUAAGUGCAGAAUUAUUAAGAGAAGCUGAAAAGUUGAUUGAACAAUCGAAGAUCCAUCCACAAACCAUUAUUGAAGGUUAUAGAAUUGCAUCGCAUGCAGCAUUGAAGGCAUUAGAAAGUGUUGCUGUUGAUAAUAAGAAUGAUAAAGUUAAGUUCCGUAAUGAUUUGAUUCAUAUUGCUAAGACUACAUUAUCGUCCAAGAUUCUAUCACAGGAUAAAGAACAUUUUGCUGAAUUGGCAACAAACGCUAUUCUUAGAUUAAACGGUUCUACAAACUUAGACCAUAUUCAAGUUAUCAAGAUUCAUGGUGGUCAAUUAUCAGAUUCUUUCUUGGAUGAAGGUUUUAUUUUAGAGAAGAAAUUUGGUAAUAACCAACCUAAGAGAAUUGAAAAUGCAAAGAUUUUAAUUGCUAAUACUACCCUUGACACAGAUAAAGUUAAAAUCUUUGGUACCAAAUUUAAAGUGGAUUCUACUUCCAAAUUAGCACAACUUGAAAAAGCUGAACGUGAAAAGAUGAAGACUAAGAUUGAAAAAAUUGCUCAAUAUGAUAUUAAUGUCUUCAUUAACAGACAACUGAUCUAUGAUUACCCUGAACAACUUUUGACCGAUCACGGUAUUAAUUCCAUCGAACAUGCUGAUUUUGAAGGUGUUGAAAGAUUAGCAUUGGCUACUGGUGGUGAAGUUGUUUCUACUUUCGAUAAUCCAGAAAAAUGUAAAUUAGGUGAAUGUGAAUCCAUUGAAGAGAUAAUGAUUGGUGAAGGUACUUAUACAAAAUUUAAUGGUUGUAAAGCUGGUGCAGCUUGUACAAUUAUCUUAAGAGGUGCUACUGAUCAAUUAUUAGAUGAAGCUGAAAGAUCCCUGCAUGAUGCUUUAUCGGUUUUAUCUCAAACUACAAAGGAAACAAGAACUGUUCUAGGUGGUGGGUGCGCAGAAAUGUUGAUGUCUAAAGCUGUUGAUACAGCUGCACAAAAUGUCGACGGUAAGAAAUCAUUGGCCGUCGAGUCGUUUGCUCGUGCAUUAAGACAAUUACCAACCAUCUUGGCUGAUAAUGCAGGUUAUGACAGCAGUGAGUUAGUCUCUAAACUAAGAUCUAGUAUUUAUAAUGGUAUAUCUACAGCUGGUUUAGAUUUAAACAGCGGUAUCAUUGGUGAUAUGAGAGAAUUGGGUAUAAUAGAGAGUUAUAAACUAAAGAGAGCUGUUGUCAGUUCUGCAUCAGAGGCUGCUGAAGUGUUAUUAAGAGUUGAUAACAUUAUUCGUGCCAAGCCAAGAACAGCAAACAGACAAUAG